CCCCCUCUUUCCCUUCUGACUCCUCUAUCUAUCCCAUAGUCAGGUGCAGGUCAGGUCCAACCAUGUGGAGUCUCGUCCGGUCUUUGAAUCUCAGGUCUUCCCUGGUGGCCCCCCCUUCAUCAUGGGGUCCGUCGUUGUCCUGCACGGGACGGUCCUGUCACAGAACGUCAGCUCACGGUGCUGACUCGGCGCUGAACUUUUCCGAUGGAAGGGUCUUCAGGCUGAAGAGCCACUGGGAGGUGGUGAGGGGGCUUCUCAUAUUCCGGAUGUGCUCCUUCCCCAGCCUGGUGAAGAAUUCCGAGAAGCUCAUGGCAGUCUCCCGCAGGCUCCUGGGCCGCCGCCUCUUCGAAUGGGGUAUGAGGGGCACCGUGUACGGGCAGUUUGUUGCCGGGGAGUCCCUUCCGGAGAUUCAGGCGUCCAUGGAGAGGCUGAGGAAAUUGGGCAUUCGGCCCAUGCUGGCUGUGCCAAUUGAGGAGGACCUGGGAGAGGGCAAAGCUGGGGAGCGAUGGUACGAGCAGAACGAAGCCAUCAUGAUGAACUGCGUGGAUCUGUCAUCCUUGGGGGGCGAUCGUCCCAUGAUGCAGCUGAAGAUCACGGCGCUCAUGAGUGCUGAUCUGUGCAAAGUUCUGUCCAUGUGUUUGUCUGAUCCGUCUCGGAGGAAGGAGCUCAGUCCACACAGGAUAGUGUCCAUCAUGGAGGGGAAGGACGCCAGGUUCUCCUUUCUGUCGGAGCAGCAGAACCAGCACCUACAGAGUUCUGUCCGCAGGCUGAGCCGGGUUGGGAAGCAUGCCGUACAGAAACAAGUGCGGGUCUUGGUGGACGCGGAGUACACGUACAUGAACCCCGCCCUCGGUGUGGUCACCAUGGCCAUGAUGGCACAGUGCAACCGCAAGGAGCCGUGGAUCUGGAACACCUACCAGUGCUAUCUGAAGGACUCGUUCCGAAACUUGUCCCAGGAGCUGGACACGGCAGUGGCUUUGGGUCUGUGUUUCGGGGUGAAGUUGGUGCGUGGGGCGUACAUGGACAAGGAGAGGAAGUUGGCCAAAGUGAAGGGAUACCCGGAUCCCAUCCAGCCAGACUGGGAAGCCACUAACCGCAGUUACAAUGGCUGCCUGGAUAAGCUGCUGGAUCUGAUUGGACGAGAGGGGGAGCGCUAUAACCUCAUCAUCGCCAGUCACAACGAGGAGUCCGUUCUUCACGCAGUACGAAGGAUGAAGGAGCUCGGGAUUGAUAAGCACAGCAGAGCGGUGUGUUUCGGACAGUUGCUGGGCAUGUGUGACCACGUCUCGCUCACGCUGGGUCAGGCGGGCUACUUAGUGUAUAAGUCCAUUCCGUACGGAUCAGUGGAUUCUGUCCUGCCCUACUUGGUCCGGAGGGCCCAGGAGAACCAGAGCGUCCUGCAAGGGAUCCGGAAGGAGAGAGACCUCCUACAUGAAGAGUGGAGAAGACGUCUGCUGGGCCGGAGCUAGGACCCUCCAACAGGGAACCCGAAACCCAACCAGACAG